AUGGACGUCGCCGAAUCGGCUCACCCCCCGGCCCCCCCAGCAGACGCAGAGGAGGAGCUCUCCCCGCUCGAGCAGGACGUUCUGGAUGAGUACGAGCGGCUGGCGGAGAAUAUGAAGAAGCUCGCUAGCAUCCUCGACAACAUGGCCGGACAGCCGACGGCCGAAGUUCUGGACGGGCUGCGGCAGCUGGAGCGCAAGACGAGUCUGGUGUUUACGCUGCUGAAGGCGAGCGUGUAUAGUAUUGUGCUGCAGCAGGAGAUUUACUCGGGGGAGGGCGAGGGGGAGGGGGAGGGCGGCCAGGAGGAGGGCUGA